AUGGCGCUGCCUCUGGGGUCCCUGAGCCGGGGCUUGGCGACAGCGGCCAAGGGAGGGCACGGAGGGGCAGGAGCCCGCACCUGGCGCCUCCUGAGCUUUGUGCUGGCGAUCCCCAGCGUGGCCAUCUGCACCCUCAACUCCUGGCUCCACGCGGGCCACCAAGAGCGCCCCGAGUUCAUCCCCUACCACCACCUCCGCAUCCGCACUAAGCCCUUCUCCUGGGGUGACGGUAACCAUACUUUCUUCCACAACCCUCAUGUCAACCCUCUCCCCACCGGUUAUGAACGCUGA